UUUUGAAAUCGGAUUCGAAAAUACGCAAAUAUAUAGAAGUCGAAAAUGACUCUAUGCAUUAUAUUUUUAAUAAUUUUAAGUAAUAUUCAGCAAAGUUUUUGCCAGGCUCCGACUGUAAUUUCCGGAUUUCCUGUGAAUGACUGCGGCACCGAAAAAGGUUGUAUCGGUUUUCCGGAGGAUGGUUGUUUGGCUGCCGGAAAGUGCAGUAUUUUGAUUAAGUUUUCUCAUGAUGAAUCUACAAGCGAUAAAAUUCCUAUGGAACUAUUCGGAACGCCUCCGGCAUUUCGUCCACAAAAUUUUUGGAUUGGGGUUGGAUUUAACCCCGAAGGACAAAAAAUGGGAGGGACAUUAGUAACGGAAUGCGUUUACCACAAUGGAGGUGCCGGUGUUUUCAACUCUAAGAACGUUCCAAAUGCGUACGUUAACCAACGAUUGCCGACGUUGAUCGGUCUCGUUCCGGGUAAUGCAUCAAUCCAUAACGGCAUCCUGGGAUGUUCGUUUCUCGUGGAUCGAGUGCGGGUUGUCGACGGCAUAACAUACGAUUUUUCCAUGCCUCUGCAUAUUGCGGCCGGAAAUGGACCGGCUGUGGGAAGUACCAUUAAGCAACAUUUUCAACGACCGUACAUGUCCGCCGACGCGAUCGUUGUGGCUCCUCAAACGUCCAGUGUGGAAGCACCGACCACGUCGACCACCGCACUGCCGCCCACAACCUUCCGUACUGUUUUGUUUGAGAAGUUCCUGCAUGGCCCGUUCACCGACAGUACGUCUCCUUUGACGCGUACCACAUCGCCAAGCACUGCUGUUCGAACACUUCCGCCAAGGUCACCGUUUCGCGAUCGUCCAGUUGAAAACCAUCCUAUGAACCACAUUCUGGCCAGUCCGAAUGGCAAUAGAAUCGGCAGUAAAAACGCUAAUGAUUUAUUGGAGACCGCGGAUGAUAAUGCAAGAUUUCUAUCACACACCAGAGUUGUCAGCAUGAUUAUGCGAUAUCUUGAGCCGCCGUUGAAAAUGAUUGUGGAUAUGCUGAACAGAGGUGCUCCGUUGUCAUCGGUCCCUUCAUGAUACGCCCUUAUAUUUGGACGGUUUUAGUUUAGUAAAAGCUAACGAAACUCAGUUGUUUGACGUCGGUUUUUUAAUUUAUGUUCUGACUUAACAUUUACCGAUAACAGCUGGUUUCUUACAGCCUUGUCGGUACUCCUUUAUGCAUGGCGGAUAUACAAUCUGUAUAAA